CGGUGGCUGGCGGCAGUUCCCAUGUGUGAGGCGGCUCGGCCCCGGAGGCUUGCCCUGUGCUUGCUGUGCGGCCUGCCCGCCUCGGGGAAGUCGACGCUUGCCGAGUCACUGAGGAAGCGCGCGAGUCCGCACGAGUCCGUUGUGGUUGUGGUGACGUACGAUGACGUCAUCACCGCCGCCAGUUUCUCGGAGGGACUCGCUCGCCAAGCUUCGGGCAUCUCCGCGGAACCUGGAGGAGAGGAGACUUCACUUUGGAAGCAGUUUCGCCAUCUCCUCUUGCAGUACAUUGAGCAACUUAUAGAUGCAUUUCUGAACUCUUCUGGCUUAGUACAACCCCUUUGCGUAUCAGAAAAAACUUGGCAUCGGUUCAUAGGCUGUCUGGAACGUCAAGGCCUGAUCUUGAAUGCAGCAUCAGACGUUAAGACGUCAAGUCUCACUCUAAACAUUCCAGAAAACAACUCUCUCUGUCUUGUCUUGGAUGAUAAUUUUUAUUAUCAAAGUAUGCGAUAUGAAGUAUACCAACUGGCACGUAAAUAUUCUGCAGGUUUCUGCCAGAUCUAUUUGCACUGCCCAGUUGACUGCUGUGUGAUGAGGAAUAGAAGCAGGGCUUGUCCUGUCUCAGAUCAAACCAUUUGCCUUAUGGAGCAAAAAAUCGAGAAGCCCAAUGCAAAGAAAAAUACAUGGGAGCAAAACAGCUUGAUCAUUGACAGCUCAGAAAAAGACAGUAUGCAAGAUUCAAAAAUACCUGACUUGAUAAGUCAAGCUUUGGAGAAUCCUAUAACUCCUGUCGAAGAAGACUAUGAGAGGAAGCAGGAACAGGACCGAGCUAUUUGUGCAGCCAAUAUCCUCCAUCAAGCUGAUAAGAUUUAUCGACGCUUGAUAUCCGAGACUAUGCAGACAAUUAAAGGUACCAUUUCAGUGGAAGAAAUGAAAAUGUUGGCACAGGAACUACAGAGAGCAAAAUCCAAACUUCUGGAAAAGCUGAGGCAAAGUAUGUCACUCAGGGUGCCCUGUGCUGCUGAUAUGAUGUUCUUGAUUAAAGAACAGGUAGACAACAUUGUACAUCCAUAUUUAUUUAAAGAGUAGAUCAAAUACUCUUAAUAAAUGAACCUCACAAAUGCAGACAAAAACCAUAGAUGUACCAAAAUGUUAUGUUCAGACUUAAGUGACUAACACGCACUGUACCAUUUUUUGGUAUAAAUGUGCCCCUUAUGUUUCUACCUCUUUUGUACAGCACAGAUA